AAAAAAAAGCCCUGAAACCUUCUGGGGGAAAUCGAGAACGAACUAGUAAUCGAAUCAAUUAGAUUGCUCUUUUCGGGCGAUCGAUCGAUUAAGUGAAGAGAAGGAGGGGGACGCUUUGUUUUUAUUUUAUUAUAUGGUGAUCAGAGAUGCCGCCCAAGCAAGCCUCAAAAGCAGAUUUAGCCAAGAAGCAGAAGAUCAUAGAGGACAAGACAUUCGGUCUCAAAAACAAGAACAAGAGCAAAAAUGUUCAAAAAUACGUCCAAAAUCUCAAACAAUCCGUCCAACCCAAACCCGACCCCACUAAAACCGCUCAAAAGAAAAAGAAAGAGGAAGAGAAGGCCAAAGAGAAGGAGCUAAAUGACUUGUUUAAGAUUGCUAUUACUCAGCCUAAAGUUCCUGUUGGUGUUGAUCCCAUGUCAAUAUUGUGCGAAUUCCAUAAAGCGGGGCAAUGUGCAAAAGGUUUUAAAUGCAAGUUCUCACACGACCUGAAUGUUCAGAGGAAAGGCGAGAAGAUUGACAUUUACAGUGAUAUGCGCGAUCAAGGAACAAUGGAGGACUGGGAUCAAGAAACUUUGGAGAAGGUUGUUGAAUCAAAGGGGAAGAAGUAUCAGCAGAAUAAGCCCACUGAUAUUGUUUGUAAAUACUUUUUAGAAGCCGUGGAAAAGAAACAAUAUGGUUGGUUUUGGGUCUGCCCCAAUGGUGGUAAAGAUUGUCACUACAAGCAUGCUCUUCCCCCAGGAUAUGUCCUGAAGUCUCAGAUGAAAGCUUUGAUAGAGGAAGAGAGCGAAAAAACACCAGUUGAGGAUGAGAUUGAGAAUCAGCGUGCGAAAUUAAAAUCUUCAAUUCCUACGACUCCUGAGUUAUUUAUGGAAUGGAAGAAGAAGAUGAUGGCAGAAAGAGAUGAAGGAUUGGCUGCACAGAGAGCAGAAAGGGCUAAGAAUGACCGAAUGAGUGGUCGUGAAUUAUUUCUGUCAGAUGCUAGUUUAUUUGUGGAUGAUGCUGAGGCAUACGAGAAAUACCAAAGGGAGGAAGAGUCAGAUGCUCCCGAAAAUAAGGCCAAUAAUUCAGCUGCUGCUGGACCAAGUACCUCAGCAACAACUGAUGCUGAGGCCGAAGUUCUUCCAGAUGAUGAUGAUGAUGAUGAUGAAUUUGACAUGGAUGAAUUAAAUGAACUAGAAGCAAGCUUGGCGAAAACAUCAAUUCAAAUUCAGGGGCCUUCUCAACCUUAAUUUUGAGAUGCACAGGGUCUUUGGUCCACAUGCAUUUUUAAAUUGUUGACUCUAUGAUCCUGCUGCAAAUUACUUCCCAUCACGAUUCCGUGUCAGUUCAUGUGUAAGCCUGAUGCUGCACGAUCACGUUGUGAAAUUGCGAGGUGUAUCCUAUUUUUGAUGCUGGGUUUUUAUGAAUAACGAGAAUCAUGAUUAUGAAACGCAAGUGCUUAAACCAUUUUCAUGUAUUAUUAGAAUGAAUUGACACAGGUACCGUAUUAUAAUGUUGUGUGAUCAUGUUUUCUUGCUUUAUAUCAUCGUCAUUGAGUGAUGACAGAUGCAAGCAUAUAUGUAUACAUAUUGUUUUAGUUUUCAGCGUCAUUUUCUGCCUC